AUGGCGUUGGCCGCCGUAUCCAUCCUCGCGCGAGGCGCCGGAGUCGACGCCGCCCCGGGGGACGUGACCGCCACCGACGUCAACACCACCGUCACCCGCCCGAGCUUCUCCGUCGUCGGCCGACUCUUCGUCCACGGUCCCUCGGGUAACGUCGCGGUGGGGGACAUUUCGACGUACAACGACACCUCGGGGGCGCCCGCGCGCAAGCUCGAGGUGGACGGCUCCGCGAUGAUCCGCGGAGACGUCGUCUUUCACAACAGCAACGGCGAGUCCUCGAUCGUCGUGCUCGAUUCCAACGCAAACGCCCUCGCCGUGAAGGACGCGGGCGCCUCCCCGAUCACGUACUGGAAGAUAAACAGCGCAUCGCAGCGGUUGGAGACGCACGCGCCGAUUCAUGUUCUCGACACGCGCAUCGAGGCCAAGGACAACGACGCGAACGGACUCCAGAUCACCGCGGAAGCCGGCAACCCGAUCGUGACGCUGGACACCACCGACGCCGCGGAGAACGUGAAGGUGGCGUAUCCGAUCAACGCGAACGACGCGACGGACAGCUGCGCCACGAGCGUGGACGGGACGUGCAGCGCGUUGGCGUCGGUCGUCACCACCGGUGGGCUCACCGUGGGGAAGAAGACGUUCAUGACGGAACUGAAUUCCUUUGAGGUGAACCGUUCGAUUACACGGAGGCUCCUCCCGGAAGACGACGACGAGGAACACGAGGAACACGGCUCGCGCUCGCGGUUUUCUACGCACGCGGUUAUCUUUCGCUCACGUUCCCCCCCCCCCGGCUUUCGCCCGCCUCCUCUCUCCGCAGGCACCGUGAGGGUGGCGGACACCACCGACGUCUCCGUGACAAACUCCGAGACGGACGUCGACGGCUCGGUCCGCCUCGCGGGCGGCCUCGCGGUGGAAAAAUCCGCCGCGAUCAAGGCCAAACUCUCGGUGUUGUCCGAUACAAACGGCGAUUCUUCAGGCAUCGGAGCCGCGCUCUACGUCAAGGGCGGGUACCACGCGGGCGGGAACACGUACGUCGGCGGUGGGUCCAUGAUCGAGCUCGCGGGGAAGUCGGCCAAGGUGGGUAAGAGCGUGAACGUCACGGACUCGAGCGCGGCGCCCGUAACGCUCGUAACGCUUCGCCUGAAACCGGGCACGUCGGCUCGUUUAUCGGUGGACGUCUCGUGCCAAUGGACGGGGGGCGCGCCCGCGACGGUCGCCGCCGAGUUUAGCGUCCACCACAACAGCGGCGCCGCGCCGGAACCGGACGCGGGAACCACCCCGCCGCGCACGGGGCUGGUUCGCGCGACGCAGCGCGUGGGAACGGCUUCGGACGACGGGUACUUUGACUUUGUCGUCGUGCCCGACGAUUCAAGCGGCGGCGUCGGCGUCGAGAAGGAUUUCGCGGUCAAGGUUUUCACCGCCGACGCCGGGAGCGGGAACGCGCCCGCACUGGCGACGGCGUUAGUCGUCGCGCGCGUCACGGGGGAUUUCGUGUCGCUGACGUGA